AAAAUUAAUAUCUCAUGCCAUAAUUGUGUACAAACAUUUAUUUAUCUUUGAUCAGAGAUUAAGAGUGGUCUCGUACGGAUUUAAAAUAGUAUUUCAUUUUAUUACAGUGUAAUGAGACAUCUAAUGUUUCCGAUUUCGACUUUGGUUUCUGAUCCAUUCAUCUGAGCCUUUCUCUCGUAUUCGUUUUUGACAUACAGGUAUCUUAUUUUUUUAUUUGUGUACUGAUCUCUUUAACGAUCGGUGAUAUCUUAACUUUUUAAAUUCUAAUUUAAAUUCUGAGGAACAUUUUGUACAUAGUUUAUACCUUCAAAUUAUAUUUUUAAAAGUUUGAGUUUUUUUGAUAACAGAUCUGCUCGGAAACUACCUGCAGCCUCCUUGAAUAAACUAUAUUUCUCAGUUGCUGUUUUGUAUACCAUGCUGCUACUUUUUAAUAGUAUUAUAAACAUUUAUAAUUCACAACGUAACACGUAAUUCCCUACACAAUUCAAUAACAAAUUGCAAAUUAAGAACUGGGCAAAACGAGCAAAGAGAGAGAGAGAGAGAGAGAGCCGCAAAUAAAAAAUAAUUUAUGGCCUCGGUGUUAUAAACCCCUAAAUUGUAAUACGGUUCCACGGCUUCGGCCGGACUGAAGAAAGGAGCUACGAAACAAUUACCGGGGGUCUCGGUAAUUUAAUACAAAUCCCCUGUCCCUGAUAAUUAUCCUCUUCAAUAGAAAUUGUUCUCCUUUAAAUGCUUCCUCGACGAAAACUUGGUUCCCGCGAACGUCGUUCGCGCAUUGUUGAUCAAUUCUGUUUCCAUAGGAAUUCUCCAACGGGACAUGAAAGGAGCGAUGUCAGGGAGCGAUAGCACCAGCGUUCGCCCACCCUCGUCUCCUCUCGUCGUUAGCGAAGUUAUGCCCUAUCACCGAGGUAUGCCUGCCGGGUUAAUAAGUCACGGAACGCGUACACGUCGGUGGUGGUACGACGGCGGUACCACGGCGGUGCCGCUUGUCCCCGCCAAGGGGCCCGUAAAGGGUUGGAUGGUACCAUCGCACGCGAUCCACCACCAGGCUCCUCCAGUUACAACGCUGAUGCGCCGUUCGAUUUUCCUUCGUCGGCUUCUCCCGGCCGAGGGGAGGAAACGUACGUAACAUCGAUUGGCCGCUCGGCCGACCGGGGCGCGUUCUUAGAGGGUCGAAGCGAAGAGCUGCCUGAUAAGGGGUAGAACGCGCUCAGAAUGCUGGCGGCGAACAGCGCCUACGGUUGCCGCGACUGCCAUCCCUUCGUACCUGGCAGCGCGACGAGUAUCGCGACUGUCGGCCAUCCGGGUGCGGCGCGUCCCAAGUUCUUCCCGAGGAUCACCGCCAGAUUGAAAACGUCACCCGGCCUAGGUGGUUACGCGGACCCGGCGUGCGUCGCACGUAUGAAGCGCCUGAAGAACAGAAAAACAAAUGCAGCUUCAAAGUUGGAUCUAAGCAAGAGGAAACCGGCGGAUUAUAUGGAGCUGGCAUAUAGAGAAGCUAUCUCGAAACUGAAGUAUCUGCUAGCAGAAUCGUACGCUCCAACGGGAAUGUCCGGAACGAAGCAGCGAAGUAUUCGUAGCAUAUAUAAAAGCAGUAAUCCGCGAAUCAGUGAGUCUGGAGAGGACACCGAUGAUCAAAGCCUGAUCAGCGAUAGCUUCCGAAGAAAGGAUCUCUCCAGAAACGCGGCUUUAAAUACCUAUCCACCUCUCUCGAAAACUAUUCAGUCGUCAAAAGCGUACAGUAAUAUAGCACUGUCAAGGGCCGAUCUUCAGUCCAUUCCCCCGGAGUUAACGUCCUUCAUCGAACGGCAGGAGGAUUAUAUCGAACAGUUGGAACGGGAGUCUCAAUACUGCAGAGACGAGCUGAUCAAUCUGUUGAGCAAAGUUCGCGAGGUCGUAGCUGAAAACGAGGCGCUGCACAGCAGGAAUCAAGUUGUAUUGUCGAAGUGCGUGCUGGAUCAUAAAGAUCACUGCGGGGCGAAUCAUGAGUGUCACAAGCAAGACGAAGGCGGCCAUAUUGAUAAUACAUUAGAAUGCAAACGGGAGAAGUUCUUGGAAGGGCCCAGUAUAAUGUUCGAGUCAAGAAUUAGUGAGCUCGAGGCGCAAUUGACCCAGGCCAAACUGGAGUUGCGAAAGGCGCAGGAGGAGAAUCAGGCAAACGUGAAACGCCUGUCCGAGAGUGGUUCGAGCGAGGGCAACGCUGAGUUGAGGGCUGAAUUGGACAAGGCCCUACGCGCCAAAUACGAGGCCGAGAUGAAGCUAGAGGAGUCGCAGAAGCUGCUGUCGGUCGCGCGGGAUAAAGAAACCCAGGCGACGCAGAGAGCGAGACGGUCUAUGGACGACAGGCAGGAGAUCGAGUUCGAGAGGAAUCAAAGCGACAUGGAGAUUCGGAGACUGAAGGACGAGUUGGAGAGGCAGCAUGAAAAGCUACGGGAGGCGGCCCAGGACGCGAAUAGGCGUAUAACCGAGGAGAGGCAGCAAGUGGAGCGCCGAUACAAUCAGCAAAUCGAGCAGCUCACCGCCGACGUCGCGACCAAUUGGGAAACCACCAAUAAAUCUCAGUUGGAGUCUGAGAAGCAGCGGCGUGAGAUAAACGAGCUGAGACGAGAAUUAUCUCAGAAACAAGCCGCCAUGGACAAUCUGAAGAAAGAGUUGCAGAAUAAGAUAUCCACCUUGCAGAGCGAUCUGAGCCAGGCGUUAAGCGAGAAAGACGCGGCGGAACAAGAGGUCCUAACUGGUAAACUGGCGGCCGAACGAAGCGACCGGCAGGCCCGUCAAGAGCAGAGCAGACUGCAAACGGAAAUAAAUUCGUACAAGCAGCGUCUGGAAAGAGCGGACGCCGACCUGGUGCAUUGCAGGCGAGAAAACCUACGACUGUCGGAGCAAAUAGCCUCUUUGGAGAAAGAGAUCAGUAUGAGUAAGAUUGUACGAUCCGAAGAGAGUCGUAACGAAAUUACGCCUAGAUUGGAAAACGAGAAGGAAUUAACGUCCAUGAUAAUGGAUAUGGAGACUAAGCAUGCUGCCACGGUGGCGGGCCUAGAAGACGCCCUGAGUAAUCAGGCAACGCUCGUCUCGAGAUUGACCGCCGAAUGCCAAUCUCUCACACAGCGUUUGGAAGCUAACAAUCUUAAACACAAGGAAGAAAUGGCCGGCUUACAGAGCAACAUAGAACACUUGUCAAGUAAAAUACAGGGCAGCCUUGUAAGUCACGCAGGAGGAAUUGCUGUGGAAGCUAACGAUGAUACUGGAGCUUUUCAUUAUGACGCUACGAUGGAUUCAGUAGUCCCGCCGAAUAUCAGCGGGUUGCCGACUGGUGCACCGGUGUCGCAAAUGAUACAUCAGGGAUACGACGCGGGAAACGGCCAACUGGUGGCGGACCGAAUGCAGGGUGACUUGUAUGGCUUGUCGGGCGAUCAGAUGCACACGGUGCAAAACAACUUUGCACCGAGUACGGCGGAAACUACGGGGGUGUAUCAGCAGCAAGAGAACGCUGGUAAUAACGAAGAGUACACGGCGAACGAUCCGAGCAUGGAGGCUUACAUGAUGGAGCAUAAUCAGUACGACGAGUACGACCCUUCGCAGUACCCGGAAGAACAGUAUGUUCAUGGCGACCAGUUCAACGUGACGGCGGACCAGGCGCAAAAUAAUCAAACUGUCUCUGACAUAGCCAGGACCAGUACCGAAACCCUGCACUAACGUAUUCUGUAUUAAUGACGCACAUAUAUGAAUAUAAUAUUUGCUCGUGAGCAAGAUACAUACACGAAGAAUAUGGAAUAAACGCGUAAAUCGAA